UCGGAGCGGACCAGCAUGGGGCUCUGCGCGCUGCUCGCCCUGCUCCUCCUCGGCGCCGCCGCCGCCGCCCGCCACGAGCUGCAGGUCAUAGAUCUGCUGAUGGUGACAGAGGCCCGGCAGAUGGUGAACGUGGCACACAAGAUCCGGACAGAGUUGCUGACGGUGAACGACGCCUACCUGCUGUCUACCUUUCGCUUGCCCCCCAAGCAGGGCGGUGUGCUCUUCGGCCUCUACUCCAAGAAGGACAACACGCGGUGGCUAGAAGUUUCUGUUGUGGGGAAAAUCAACAAAGUCCUGCUGCGAUACCUGCGGGAGGACGGGAAGCUGCACGUGGUGAACCUGCAGCACACUGGCCUGGCGGAUGGACGGAGCCACACGGUGAUCGUGCGCCUGAGUGGGUUGCGUGCCGACGCCCUGAGCGUGGAGCUGUAUGUCGACUGCAAGCAGGCUGAUGCCAGCGCGGGGCUGCCCCAGAUAGCAGUUGUGCCCCAGGCCGAGCUGGAGGCGGUGGAGGUGCGCACGGGCCAGAAGGCCUAUCAGAGGUUGCAGGGGUUUAUAGAGUCGAUGAAGCUGAUUCUGGGAGGAUCCAUGAGCCGCGUUGGAGCCCUGAGUGAAUGCCCUUUCCAAGGCGAUGAGUCCAUCCACAGUGCAGUAACCGGGGUGCUGAACUCCAUCCUGGGCGAGCAGACCAAGGCCCUGGUCACGCAGCUGACCCUCUUCAACAAGGUCCUGAUGGAGCUGAGGGAGGAUAUCCGUGACCAGGUGAAGGAGAUGUCCCUGAUCCGGAACACCAUCAUGGAGUGUCAGGUCUGCGGGUUCCAUGAGCACCGCUCCCGCUGCAGCCCCAACCCCUGCUUCAGCGGUGUAGACUGCAUGGAGACAUACGAGUACCCCGGGUACCGCUGUGGGCCUUGCCCUCCUGGCUUCCAGGGCAAUGGGACACACUGUGCUGACAUCAAUGAGUGUGCCCAUGCCAACCCCUGCUUCCCUGGCUCGAAAUGCAUCAAUACGGCGCCCGGCUUCCGCUGCGAGCCCUGCCCCCGUGGCUACAAGGGGAACCUCAUCUCAGGUGUGGGUGCUGACUACGCCAAAGCCAGCAAGCAGGUUUGCACCGACAUUGAUGAAUGCAAUGAUGGGAACAAUGGUGGCUGUGACCCGAACUCCGUCUGCACCAACACGAUGGGCUCCUACAAGUGUGGCCCCUGCAAGGCGGGGUUCCUGGGCAACCAGACGGUGGGCUGUGCCCCACUGAAGUCCUGCAGCAGCCCCACACACAACCCCUGUGACAUCAACGGAUACUGCAUGUUCGAGAGGAACGGUGACAUCUCUUGUGCGUGCAAUGUGGGCUGGGCCGGCAAUGGGAACGUGUGCGGGCGGGACACAGACCUUGACGGCUACCCAGAUGAGCCGCUGCCCUGCAUCGACAAUGACAAGCAUUGCAAGCAGGACAACUGCCGGCUGACGCCCAACUCGGGGCAGGAGGACGCUGAUAAUGACGGCAUCGGGGAUCAGUGUGAUGAUGAUGCGGAUGGUGAUGGCAUCAAGAAUGUUGAGGACAACUGCCGGCUCCUGCCCAACAAGGACCAGCAAAACUCAGACACUGACUCCUUUGGGGAUGCCUGUGACAACUGCCCCAAUGUGCCCAACAAUGACCAGCGGGACACAGACAGCAACGGCGAGGGCGACGCAUGUGACAACGACAUUGAUGGCGACGGGAUCCCCAAUGUGCUGGACAACUGCCCUAAGGUCCCCAACCCACUGCAGACAGACCGGGAUGAGGAUGGCGUUGGGGAUGCCUGCGACAGCUGCCCUGAGAUGAGCAACCCCACUCAGACAGACAUGGACAGUGACCUGGUAGGAGACAUCUGUGACACCAAUGAGGACAGUGAUGGGGAUGGGCACCAGGACUCCAAGGACAACUGUGCCGAAGUGCCCAACAGCUCCCAGCUGGACUCAGACAACGACGGGCUGGGGGAUGACUGUGACAAUGAUGACGACAACGAUGGCAUCCCUGACUACAUUGCUCCUGGCCCUGACAACUGCCGCCUUAUUCCCAACCCCAACCAGAAGGACUCAGAUGGGAACGGGGUGGGUGAUGUCUGUGAGGAGGAUUUCGAUAAUGACACAGUGGCUGACCAGCUGGACGUGUGCCCGGAGAGUGCCGAGGUGACGCUGACUGACUUCCGGGCCUACCAGACAGUGAUCCUGGACCCCGAGGGCGAUGCCCAGAUCGACCCCAACUGGGUGGUUCUGAACCAGGGCAUGGAGAUUGUACAGACCAUGAACAGUGACCCGGGCCUGGCUGUUGGCUACACGGCCUUCAACGGGGUGGACUUCGAGGGCACCUUCCAUGUCAACACUGUCACGGAUGAUGACUACGCUGGCUUCAUCUUCAGCUACCAGGACAGCUCCAGUUUCUACGUGGUCAUGUGGAAGCAGACAGAGCAGACGUACUGGCAGGCUACCCCCUUCCGGGCCGUGGCUGAGACCGGGCUGCAACUCAAGGCGGUGAAGUCCACGACGGGCCCCGGCGAGCACCUGCGAAACGCGCUGUGGCAUGCAGGCACCACCCCGGACCAGGUCCGGCUGCUGUGGAAGGAUCCGCGCAACGUGGGCUGGAAGGACAAGACCUCGUACCGGUGGCAGCUCAUGCACAGGCCCCAGGUGGGCUACAUCCGGGUGCGGCUGUACGAGGGCCCGCGGCUGGUGGCGGACUCGGGCGUGAUCCUCGACAGCACGAUGCGGGGCGGCCGCCUGGGCGUCUUCUGCUUCUCCCAGGAGAACAUCAUCUGGUCCAACCUGCAGUACCGCUGCAACGACACGGUCCCGCAGGACUUCGAGCCCUUCCGCCCGCUGCUGCUCGAGGGCCGCGAGUGAGACGGCCCGGCCGGACUCUCCAGGCUGCGCCAAGGGCCGUCGGGACUCCCCGCAGCGGCCCCGGCCCCAC